GCCACAGCGGCUCGGAAAGCCCAGAGACAACCGCACGGAUAAACCCGGGGAGAGCGGUACAGAGGACGGGGUCUGGAGGCGAUGAGGACGCCCGGGACGGACGGAGUGGCCCCGCGACACCGGAGCUCGGAUUUGGGCUUGAACCCGGAGCUGUAGCCGCGGCGGUCUGUUCUCAUUGUGUGCUGAGUGGCGCAGGAGAAAAGGAUGCCUCCGCGGCCACACACGCUCCUCCUGCUCCCGUCGAAAAGCUCGAUUAUUUCCCGACUCGGACCGGCCUUUGUCCCCUCUCUGACGGGGGGGUUGUUGUUGAGGAGCGCGCUGAUUUCUGAAGGAGCCCGUCUUCCAUGCGGCCCGCUCAGGAACCAUGAAAACUCUCAAUGAAAACAAGGAGGAGGAGGAGGAGGUGGAGGUGGGGUCCGGCUGCAACGCCAUGGAGGACAAGGAGAACAAUCUGAAAACGGCCAGGUUGUGGAGGGAUGCCGCCCUCCGCUCCAGGAAGCUGCGGAGCAACCUGCGCCAGCUCACCCUCUGCUCCAAGAACAACCAGAUCACCCUGCCCGAGGACAUAGCCGAGAUAGAGGUGCUCAACCUGGGCAACAACUCCCUGCAGGAGCUGCCCGACGGGCUGGGAUCCACCCUCAACAACCUGCGCAUCCUCGUCCUCCGCAGGAACAAGUUCACGGCUGUGCCCCGGGUGGUGUUCGAGCUGGGGCAGCUGGUGGAGCUCGACAUGAGCCACAACUGCCUGAGGAGCCUGUCUGAGGGCGUGGGGCAGCUGAGGGGGCUGAAGAAGCUGUGCCUCAGUCACAACAAGAUCCAGAACCUGCCGGCUCAGAUCGGGGCGCUCCAGUUUCUGGAGGAACUGGACAUCAGCUUCAACGACCUGCACGGUCUGCCCAGGUCCUUCUGCGGCCUCGCCAGGCUGCGAACUCUGGACGCAGACCACAACAAGCUGAACCAGUUCCCCCCUGAGAUCCUGGCCCUCGGUGAGCUGGAGGAGCUGGACUGCUCCGGGAACAAGUUCGAGGCGUUACCGGCAGACAUCAAGAAGCUGCAGUCCAUCAAAAUCCUGUGGCUCAGCAGUCUCCACAUGUCCGCCUUACCUGACGCCUUCUGUCACCUGCACAACCUGGAGAGCGUGAUGCUGGACGGGAACAACCUCACAGCGCUGCCGCCUUUGUUUGGAAAUCUGCAAAGACUCAAAAUGAUCAACCUGUCCUCUAACGAGUUUGAGAACUUCCCCCAGGUGAUUUUAAGCAUCAUGGGGUUAGAGGAACUUUACCUGAGCAGGAACAAACUGACUCAUAUUCCUGAGGAAAUAGGUCACCUGGAGAAGCUGGUGAACCUUUGGCUGGACAACAACAACAUCACGUACCUGCCCGACUCCAUCGUGGACCUGGAGAAGCUGGAGGAACUCGUUCUACAGGGAAACCAAAUAGCCAUACUGCCGGAUCAUUUUGGAAAGCUGUCGAAAGUGAACAUAUGGAAGGUGAAAGACAACCCCCUCAUCCAGCCUCCGUACGAGGUGUGCAUGAAGGGGAUUCCCUACAUUGCGGCCUAUCAGAAGGAGCUCGCGCACUCCCAGCUCGCCGUGAAGCCGCGACUCAAACUGGUCCUGAUGGGAGCGAAAAACACCGGGAAAACGUGGCUGAGGCGGAGCAUGGUGAGCAGGCCGCAGGACGCCACAGGAAACCAGGGAAACAAAGGGAUUGAAGUCACCAACUGGGUGGCGGACGCCGAUCGCUGUCUCACAUUUCUGGUGUAUGACCUGUCAGGGAAACAAAACUAUGACCUCAUCAAACCCUUUUUCCUCUCCCCCGGUGCUCUCUACGUCCUCGUGGUCAAUCUCAAGACAUAUUCGCCCAAGAACUUUUACACCCAUGUUGGAUAUUUCCUCCACCUCCUCAGUGCCAAAGUUCCCCACGCUGUUGUGUGCUUGGUGGGCACGCAUGCAGACCUGUGUGGAGAGGUGGAGGUGGAGGAGAAGACUCUGGACAUCCACAGACAGAUCGGUCUCCAGGAGAAGAGGGACACCCAGAGCCUGAGGAGCCUGGCUCUGCAGGUGGACCAGGCGCUGGAGCAGGGCUACAACGUCCGCUCCUCCAGCCCCCACGUCCUCUUCUACGGCGUCUCGGACAGGAACCUGCGGCGGAGGAAAGCCCAGCUGCAGUACAUGCUGAACCACCGGCUGCAGAUCCUGUCUCCUGUCCUGAGCGUCAGCUGCACGGAGACGCAGACGAACGUCCAGAGGCUGAGGGAGAAGCUCAUGUCUGUCGCAGACCACCGGGAGAUCUUCCCCAACCUCCACCGCGUGCUGCCGAAGUCCUGGCAGAUGCUGGAGGAGCUGCACUUUAAGCCCAAAGACUUGUGGCUCUCGUGGUGGGACUCGGCCCGUCUGGGCCUCCAGGCCGGACUGACCGAGGACCGGCUGCAGAGCGCCUUGUCCUACCUGCACGAGAGCGGGAAGCUGCUGUACUUCGAGGACAGUCUCACUCUGAAGGAGUACGUGUUUCACAAUCUUCCACGGUUCAUUGCAAUUCUCAACGUCUUCUUCCAGAGGGACGAGUCCACGCUGCUGGACCGGCUCCUGUCUGAGGGGGAGAGGGGGGACAAGGGGAGGGUGAGUCUGGUCAUAGAGGACGAGAAGGGAGAGAACCUCAGGGUGACCCACCUGCAGCACCACGUGGAGGGCUUCCUCCAGCACGGCCUUCUGCCCUCCAACGUGAUCCGCCUGCUCCUCAGACCGCUGAUCCAGACGCAGCAGGACCUGCACCUCAUCAUGGAGCUGCUGGAGAAGAUGGGCGUCUGCUACUGCAUCAACAAGCCACGCAGCAAGCCUCUGAACGGAGCCACAGCCUGGUACAAGUUCCCCAGCUACGUCAGCAGUGAGGAGCCCCGGGCGGAGGCGGAGGCCGGCGGGGGCAGCGGCAGCGGCGGUGGCGGCUCUUUGCCUCACUGUCACUUCUUCUCCGUGGAGCAGCUGCACAUCCAGUAUAGCUUCCCCUUCCUGUUUCCUCCCGGACUUUUCGCUCGCUUCAGCGUGCAGAUCAACAGCCACGUGGUGCAGAGGUCGGACGGCCGGCACCAGAUCUUCGCCUACAGAGGUAAAGUCCCCGUGGUGAUCAGCCACCGGCCCGCCAGAGGGAAGCUGCAGACAGAGACUCUGUCCAUCGCCAGCCACGCCUCACUGCCCAACAUCUGGACGGCAUGGCAGGCCAUCACGCCGCUGGUGGAGGAGCUGAACGUGCUGCUGCAGGAGUGGCCCGGCCUGCACUACUCUGUACAUAUCCUCUGUUCCAAGUGCCUGAAGAGAGGCUCAUCCAGCCCACACGCCUUCCCAGGUGAGCUGCUGAGCCAGCCGCGGCCCGAGGGUCUGACUGAGAUCAUCUGUCCAAAGAACGGCUCGGAGCGGGUCGACGUGGCUCUGGUCUACCCCCCCACUCCCACCGUGGUCAGCCCCUGUCUCAAAUGA